AUGGUCGGCGGCGGUGCAUGGCGGAGCGGUGAGGGGAGACGCAGGGCGAGGCGGAGGAAUGGGCGACGCAGUUUGCCAGCGGUGGCCUGGUCCAGGAGCUCGGGGUACAGUUCAUGUGGGAAAGGUCGGAAGUGGGGGUUGGAGAGGCAAAACUGGCCCAACCCCUACUCCUCUCGUUUCGGCCGGUUGCAAAACGCGGGAGGAUUUUUUCCCCCACGCGCCGCCGCCCGCCAACCUCCGGCCGCCGCACGCCCGGCGUCGCGCCGCCCGCCCGCCCGUCCGUCGCUCGCUUCGCCCGCCCGUUCGCCGUCGGCUGCGCGCCCGCUCUCGCCUCGGCCGCGCGCCCAUCCGCCCGCCUCCACCGGCCAUGGUGACGCCGCUUCGCUCCGCCUCCGUCGGCCGCCGCCCGCCGGCCCCGUCGCCCCGCCUCCGUCCGCUGCCCCGCCGGCCCUCGCCGCCUCGCCUCCGUCCGCGCCGCGCCCGACCUCCGCCGUCCCGCAGCCGCCGCCCGCCCGCCCGAGCGAGGUGCAAGUCGCCUCGACGGUGGCCGCGAUGCACGUCGGAGCAAGCGGCGGCGUGCUGGCCAGCACGUCGUCCGGCCGCCCGCCCGUCGCCUCGGCGAAGCCGCCGAGCAAGGCGCCGCCCAAACGCCCGUCGCUUGGGCCCAAGGGUGCGGCCGCCAAGCCGGCCGUGAAGAAGACAACCGCCCGGAAGAAGCCCACCGCUCCCGCACCCGCGAUCACCGACACGCCGCCCGUCGUGGAUGAGGUGCUUGAUAAUAAUCCCGAAACAUCAUUCAUGGGGCUUCUCCAAGACGCGGAGGUGGACAUCGGGGCUGCUCCUCUCGAGUCUUUUGAGUUUGGUGGUGAGGAGGAGGAAGAGGGUGAUGAGGAGGAGGAAGAGGGUGAUGAUGAGGAGGCGAUCGAGAUAGAGGAGGAGACGUUCACCGCCGUUGCCCGCCCCACCCCGCGCUCGACAAACUAUACCGAGGCCGAAGAUAUUCUCUUGGAGACAAUUGCCGGUUUGAGGUACAAGGAGAUGCCCGCUUCCAAGGGCAAAUCAUUCCCAUUUAAGCAUGCUUGGGCAAUUCUUCAAACUUUUGACAAGUGGAAGUUGAGGGAUCAAGAGACCGCACCCAAGAAGGCGGCAAUGCUUAGGAUGGAUGAUAGUGAUGAGGAGGAAAGAAACUUGUGCAAACCCGAGGGAACCAAGAAGGCAAAGCUAAGGAUCAAGAUGGAAGGAGAGGCGUCAAGCUUAAGAGAGAAGAUGGAGCAAAUGAUGAAGUCUAGGGAGACAUUGACAAUGAAGACAUUGGAGACAAAGCUUCUUAUCACCGAGAAGAAGAAAGAUGUGAAGCUUGCACAAGUUGAAGCACGGCGUGAACAAGCGAAGCGCAAAGCCGAUAUGGAGGAGAGGAUGCUCAAGCUCAAGGAAGCAAAGGCAUGGAAAGAGAUCAUGGCCGAGGAGAAGGAGCACAUGAUGAUGUGCAAAAAGGACAUGGAUGAAGACCAAUUGACGUGGUGGAAGGAGACCAAGGAGGACAUCGCCGAGAGGAAGAGGCUACUUCGUGGUGCGUCCUCUACUCUUCGAGGUGACACUCCGAUGAGUUGUGGUGGCGAUGGUGGUGUGGAGGACUCCACCACCGGCGCCUAUGGAGGUGCUUGA